AUGCACCUGUCUCCUGUCUGUGAGACAGACGAUACGAUGGAGGCCCAGCUGAACGGGCUCGGCGGGGCGCGGAUCGACGGGGACGACGCCAACGACACUGCUGGGCAUACCAAGUCGGAAGAGGGAUGCGGUGCUACAGUUGGUUAUCCGGGGAACUCUCCAGCAUUUUCUAAGGACCACCGUGUACGGGAUACGGGCAGUUUCGUCCAGGGCGACUUGACUCCAAAAUCACUUUCAGGUGCGACAUGCGAUUCAGAUAUCGCCUCGCUGGUUGACCCACAAGGUGAUGUAGUUUCUUGCUCCAUGCUGAAGCACGACAGGGGCGGUCAAUGCCAAAAUGUCAGACAGGGUGGAUGUUGUGGCCUGUGGCCCGACCGCUCUGGAGGAGAACCAACAGUGACCUGCGCCCCAAAAAGUCUGCCCCUCAUAACCCGUACCCUGGCAGAAGCGGGUGUUCCCGCGAACGCGGAGCAAGCGACAGCUCAGAGCAGAGCAUCCCGGGCGCUACGUCCUACGUACGUUGAGCGAGCUCAUUUCCCGAAGGUAGAAGCAACUGAGACAAUCACGUCUAUGUAUCGCCGGCUGUGCCGUGAAUAUGAGGUGUCACCAAACCCUCUUCUUCUUCGAGCGUUCGAAGCAUCUGACCCGAUUGCUGCGACAUCGGUGCACCGAUGCCCAUCCACUAUCACGGACGUCGAUUGUCCUGGCAACGUGAAACCUGUGUUUUGUCAACGCCUAGAUGACCUCGGAGUGAUACCUGCAGUGCUAACUUUGGUGCGAUGUGGACCACAGCUGCGCUCCCUCAACUUUUCGUAUAACAACUUGUCCGACGAUGGAGCAUUCUCUCUGUCUACUCUUGUAGCAGAGUGCCCCGUGCUGCGCUCAUUGAACUUGCGCGCGAAUAACAUUGGGAGUGAAGGGGCAGGUAAGCUUGUCGAAGGCCUCAUCAGGUGCUCAACCAUCGAGGAUCUGGAUAUGAGCCUCAACCCGAUAGGCUGCAAUGGAGCUAUUGCUUUGGCGAAAUGGCUCCGAAUCAACCAAAGCCUCAAGCGGCUGAGCGUUGACUCAUGCCAGAUCGACUGGAAUGGUCUUAUCGCUAUCGCCACCGCCCUCAAAGAGCAGAAUCGAACAGUUGAGAACUUGAGCAUCGCAAACUUGGCAAAAAUCGCCGUACAGCCAGACCACUGCUUUCAUUGGGGGAGCAUGGUUGCAGUCAAUAACAAACUGACCAACCUGUGUCUAGCAAAACAAGGUGUGAAGGACCAAGGAAUCAAGGUGCUCGUGCCCUUCCUCAAGCAGAAUAAGGCCCUCACAAAGCUCGACCUCUCCUGCAACCAGAUUACCUUCUUCGGCGCGAAGGCCAUCUGCGACCUCCUUCGAGCCAACACGCCGAUACAGGUUCUGAAUCUCGACUGCAACAGAUUAGGAGGACACGGAGCGCGAUAUUUGGCAACCGGUAUCAGAGAAAACCACAGAUUGGAGUGCCUUCACUUGAACAACAACGGCAUAUCUCCGCUAGGGCUGGUGGAUUUGGCUGAAGCCCUGUUAGCCAAUUGCUGCCUUCGUCAGGUUACGUUGGCGGUGAACGACUUCGAUUCCAAAAGCGCUGCAGCUUUCAGCAAGCUAACUGGGCCAGAAACACCUCGCGUUGUUCCUCUGCAGACAGACUUCAAGACGUAUGAAGUUGACGCCAGAACGCUUGUGUGUAAUAACGCAACCCCGUGA